ACCUGGCACGCCAGCGAGUUGUUUGGAACGAAAUGAACGAAUUCACGCUGGAGUUCUGCCGAGUUUGACAGCCGGGGCAGGCGUUUCCAACAAGGCUAAACCUCUGCUACAAGGGAGCAAAGUCGGGAAAGUGUUAUUACAACGCUUCACUGAGAAGGUUCUGGUUUUAGCGCUGUAGCAGCUUGUUGAGAGAGAGAGAGAGAGAGGAGUCGAUUUCCAGAAUGCGACGGUUGUUGGGUUGAGUUAAAGACUUAGCCUGUUAGCAUGGCUUGUUUAUCUUGACAUUGCAAACUAUUUUAUGUAUAGCUACCCGGGUGUUAUGGUAUUUAUUAUGUGGUAACGUAUGAAAUAAUUGUAUUGUAUUGUAGUGUUGAGGCUUAUGUCAGCGUACUUAAGAAGGCUGAUUGUUGGGAUAGCUCGCUUAGCAAACGGUAAUGAGCAGCUUUACUAAUAAGACGCCUUUCAUCAGUCCACCAGAGAGUCCUAAAAACGGAAGGACAGCCUGGGCCCUCGGUGAUGACCGGUUCCCGUGCUCCUACGAUGACUCCCUGGCGGUACAGGCGGACGUGGAGAGACACCUGGGGCUUCUCCAUAACCGGCAGGACGCCAUGGCGCUGUGUCUGGACCAGUCCUACCGGAGCGGUACCGAGUCCUACCUCUCCGGCUCUCAGCUGGACUACAACGAGAACAACGGCAGCACGAGCCCCGUGGAGAGCAGGAGAAAACACCGCUCCGGCGUCCACAGACCGCGCUUCGAGGUCGUGGACCUCGGCGAGGAGGAAGUGCGCUGGUUUUACAAGGAAGACAAAAAGACGUGGAAACCUUUCGUCGGACACGACUCCCUAAGGAUCGAGCUCAUGUACCGCAAACUGUGUGAACUGAAUCCGGAGCGGGAGAGCGGCUCAGGCCACGCGGUACCACCGGGCGGAGAGGAGGAUGCGUGUGAGCAUGCGUCAGCCGUGGCCUCGGAACAGAGCCCUCCACAGCUGGAGGACACGGACCUGGAGGUCAGCGUUGAUGCGGUGUGUGUCCGAGGAGGACUGUACGAGGUGGAUGUCAGAGAGAGAGAGUGCUAUCCUGUGUACUGGAACCGUAGCUGCUUGGAUGCCUUUUGCCCUACAGAGCAGGACCGCAUCCCUGUGUUAAGGGGACAGUGGUUUAUAGACGGCACAUGGACACCAAUGGAGGAAGAUGAGAGUGACCUUAUUGAGAAGGAGCACUUGAUGUGCUUUCGGGGACAACAGAUGCAGGACUCUUUAGAAAAUGAUGUGGUGGCCAAGACAACGGAUAGCAAAGAUGUCAUCCACAGCCUAAAGCUGAGUCGCAGCCAUGUUGACUGGCACAGUGUUGAUGAGGUGUAUCUGUACAGUGAUGCCACCACUUCCAAGAUUGCCCGCACUGUCACACAGAAGCUUGGCUUCUCGAAAGCCUCAAGCAGUGGCACCAGGCUUCAUCGUGGCUAUGUGGAAGAGGCAUCUUUGGAAGAUAAGCCCCCUCAGACAACCCACAUUGUCUUUGUUGUGCAUGGCAUUGGACAAAAGAUGGACAAAGACCGUAUUAUCAAGAACACAGGCAUGCUGAGAGAGACUGUAAGAAAAAUGGAAGAGAAGCACUUUGCCGAGCACACCGAGGAGCAUGUGGAGUUCCUGCCAGUAGAGUGGCGCUCCAAGUUGACCCUGGAUGGAGACACAGUCGAUUCCAUCACUCCAGAUAAGGUGCGGGGGCUGAGAGACUUACUGAACAGCAGUGCCAUGGACAUCAUGUAUUAUACUAGCCCUCUCUACAGAGAUGAGAUUACUAAAGGCCUGACCCAGGAACUCAACCGACUGUACUCGCUCUUCUGCUCUCGGAACCCAGAGUUUGAGCAAAAGGGUGGCAAAGUCUCCAUCAUUUCCCACUCUCUAGGCUGUGUGAUCACGUACGACAUCAUGACAGGCUGGGACCCAGUGCGUUCUCGCCUGCAGGAGCCCAAUGAAGAGGAACUGCACUGGAUGAGCUGCAAAGAGCAGCAUCUGUUGGAUCAGAUUCAACUCGCUAGACAAAGGUUGCAAGAGUUGGAGGAUCAGCUUCAGGGUUUAGAGGCAACUAAACUUCCAGCUGCUCCCGAGUUGAGAUUUAAGGUGGAGAACUACUUCUGCAUGGGCUCUCCCCUAGCUGUGUUCUUGGCCUUGCGUGGCAUUCGACCAGGGAACACUGGAUACCAGGACCACAUCAUGCCUAAAUCUAUCUGUCAGCGUCUUUUUAACAUUUUCCAUCCUACAGACCCAGUGGCCUAUCGACUGGAGCCUCUUGUGUUGAAACACUACAACAAUAUUGCUCCUGUACAAAUACACUGGUGCAACACUUACAAUCCCACUCCAUAUGAUGAAGUGAAACCCACGUUCCUGACCCCAGUGAAAGAUCCAGCUUCAGACACAGAGAGUCUCCCCAGCCCCACUACAUCACCUGUAAUGUCCCGCCGACUUUACGGGGAAUCCAUAACCACACUGGGCAAGGCCAGCAUACUGGGUGCCGCCAGCAUUGGAAAAGGCAUUGGAGGGAUGUUGUUCUCACGUUUCUCACGCUCCAGUAGUCAACCAUUAGGAGUGGAUUCUGUAGCAGUGGAGGGUGAAGAGAAGAGUCAGUCAGCAUAUGGCCUGUCUACAAUGUCACAGUCUACCUCCACCAUCACCGAAACUGCAGUGGAGAUGGAGCACCGCAUUGACUUUGAGCUGCGCGAAGGCUUGGUUGAGAGCCGAUACUGGUCAGCAGUCACCUCUCACACAGCCUACUGGAACUCUCAUGACGUCGCCCUGUUCCUGCUGACCUUCAUAUACAAAUCACAGAGCUCGUCUGAGAUAUACCAAGAUGAUCCCGACCCAGUGUGACCCAGAAAUAUGACCACACACACACACACAAAGAUAUGUCCUCACACAGAUGGCUCUACUCCCAUAGAGAUAUGAAAACUCUCAAGCACACACACUUUCAUUUUGCCUCAUAAAAAAAUGCUUCUUUGUCAUACAAAGACUGAUUACCUUUCCUGUUGCUUAUGCAGCAACCUUUCCCAUUAACCCAGUAACCAUUGACUUCUACUGGACAACCUCUUUGAUAAACUGAGUAAACCUCAAGUCCUAAAAACAUUUUGUAAAUUUGUUUUGGUUGCUUUUGAGUCUAAUUCCAUGCUUAGCAUUAGAUGCAUUUGGCUCUGCAAGACAUGUGGGUGUAUACUGUGCGUGCGUGCGUGCACGCAUGUGCUUCACCAAUCCUAGACCAGUCCACAUAGGCCAGUUUAUGUGGCUCCAUCUUAUUGAAAGCCUGAAAGAGACAUUAUUAUGGCCACACAAGCAUGGGUCACUCUGUCCCGUUAAUGUUCAUUCUUUUUGUCUAUUUAUUGCUCAUUUACUAUGUGGUAAAUUUGAGCACAUGGAGACACUUAUCAAGCAAACACUCAAUGCAACACUCUAGAUAACUUUAUUUAUUGAUAAAUAAUAUAUCUAAGGAUUGUGCAUAUUUCAAUUUUUGGGAAAAGUAUUUAAAGAUUUAGAUGUUUAUUUUUACUUUAAUAUUUCUGGAGAAUACUGGACCUAUUUGAUGACUAACAGACAAUAUUCGAUUUCUCAAACUGGACAACAGUGAACCAUUAACAUAAAGAAAUGUCUUUUUUUUUUUUUUUUUACAUACAGAAGAUAAAUACUAAGAAGCAAUUAACAUCUUUCUUUGAUUUUACAAUCAUAUGGUGCUGUCAGGAAACAGAUUUACCAGUGCAUUUUCCUAAGCCAUUAAUAUGCCUGAUACUACUUUGCAUGAAUUUUGGGGAUGAAAUUGAUGCUGCAUUGAUUUAAUUUUUUUUUUUUUUUUUUUUUUAAAGCCAAACUUAACCUUUUACAAAAUCUGCCUGGGUCAUUAUGUAUGUGUGCUGAUGCAUUGUUAUACUGGAGUACUGGAACUACUGUGUAGCUCCAAAGAGAUUGCUUUGUUUGUUCCUCUUAUUUCAACCUGAUUCCAGUCUAGUACAGUGGAGUGGAAUUAAAUAACUUAAGUGGAUGGUCUGCUUUAUGUAAUUAGACUAUUAAUUAGGCCAAGAUCAUGUGACUGGACUCAAAGAUUAGACAGUACUUUCCAAUGUUCCUUUGCCUCAUUCUAGUCUGGUAUUCAAGCACCUUAUACCUUUAGGCCCAUAUAAACAGAUAAUAAUAAUAAACAGAGGUUAUAUAUUUAUAUAUAUUUAGUUAUUGAUUGAACGAACGUAAUAAUCCUUAAACAUAUAUAACAUUGAGAGGCCAAACGUUUUAGCUGUGAGAUUAAUAAUCAUUGAAAUACUGUUAGUUCAUGUUAAAAAUUUUAGUCCUGUUUCUUUUAAGCACUUUUGAGAUGUUUGGGAUGUGACAUGCAACAGGAAGAGAAUGACCAGAGGGGAUCAUCAGUAAAAAUUUAACAGAGAAAAUCUAUUCUGUUUAGUGUCUGCAAUGCAUUUAAAAUCCCAAAACUCCAUGCUUCAACUCUGCCUGGCAGGGGUUGCAGCAUACUGAAUUAUUUUUUCUCCAUUGUGUGGUCACUCAGUUGCAGUUAGUACAUGUUGGUUAGCUUGUGCGGAUUAUUAAAAAUGGCCAGGUUGCCUAUGAGGACCACAGAGCCAAUCCUCUGUUGGGAAGCUGACGUGGCUUUCUCCGCCUCACUGAACGAUGAACUAGAGUAAUUUAUGAGUCACUGUUACUGUUGGCAAUAGGAAACAGAAAUUAAUGAAGGACCAGACCUUGCACAUUACCGCAUGACUAUAAAUUGCACAGAAUGGAAUAAAAGGCCCUCUUGAUGUUCAUUUCUGUUUUUUUUUUUGUUUUUUUUCCUGUUUUACUACUUCAGAAUUUGUAUUGUGGAAGAGAAUGCACUUUGCUUAUAUUGUGAUAAAAUUAACACGUUGCAUUGUAACAUUAAUCACUGGCAAAAAAAAGUUUGAGGUUCCGCAUCAUGGUUUGAGGACGAGGGUUUGUUCUUUGGGACAGUUUUUUUUGUUACUUUCUUGAAGACUAUGCCUCAAAAUGUCAGCAUGCUCCAGUAAUGCCAAUGAAUAAUGGAAUAACUUAAAGUAAUUUACAUGUUAUUUAAUGUUUUUGCAAUAGUGCUGCUUCUUGAUCUUUCAGAACAGUAAUUAAGAGAUUGGCAUACAGUAUGGCAACACUUGGCAUUGGCACAAUCAGAAAAUUCCACCACACGUUAUUGAUUAAUCCAAAACAUGGAAAAAUGUCCCAAAUUACUUAUUUUAACCUACUAAAGACAUCAAGCUUGGAAAACAUGCUGUGCAAUAACUUAUACCUGUAAUGGAUUUAAACUGCCAUCCGAAUAGCACUGUAUUCAUUUCAGUUUAUUAAAGCAUCACUCUUU